UAUCAAUUUGCUAAAAAUAAAGAACCGGUGAGAAUUGCCGGAAUUGCCGGUGAUAUUUCGGGUGCCCUCAUUGCAUUGUCCAUUCUCCGGCGACUCCCUUCACACCUUCAAAAUCUCAGUCCUGUCAGUGAAGAGUUUAUUCUUCCCAUUCGUCCGCACGUAAAAUUCCAAGCCUUCGAAAACCUUAUUAACAGAGAGAUGAGCGGGUUACCUGGAGAUCCGGUGGAUGUAUUGGAGCUCGAGGCCACCAUGCACGCCGUAGAGCAUGCUUGCUCUUUGAUCAGGAUGCAUGCGAGUCCAUUGGAAGCAGAGCAACUUCUUGUCUUCUUAAGUAAAUCUCCAAUGCCAUACCAGUCAUGCCGGUUUAUUCUAGAAAAUUCUCAGAUGCCGAAUGCACGGUUUCAGGCUGCUUCUGCAAUUGGAGAUGCUUCUAUGAGGGAAUGGGGAGUUCUUACGGAUGAGAACAAAAGAAAUUUAAUAUUAUAUUGCCUCCAUUAUGCAACAAAACAUGCUAGUGCGACUGAUGCAUAUGUACAAGUGAAAGUUUCAGCUGUUGCUGCUCAGCUACUGAAACGAGGCUGGUAUGUUUUUGGAAAUUAUUUGUGGUUCAUUUCAAGUGCUAUUUAUUUCGUGUUGUGUUCUUAUUACGAUUGGAUCAGUUUUUAAUUUAUUUAACAAAAG